GACAUCAACGCUCAACGGACAGCUUCGCAUCUCACUCACUACCAGUCCUUCCUACCCAUUUGCGACUGCGAACACUUGGUGGCAUUGAGCGAACUUCAACGCCAAGUCUGCCCAGCAUGCAGAUGCUCACCAAGUUCGAGAGCAAGUCGAACCGAGUCAAGGGCAUUGCAUUCCAUCCCAAAUUGCCGCUCCUUGCCGCAUCGCUUCACAAUGGCUCGAUUCAGCUCUGGAACUACCAGACGGGCACCAUCUACGAUCGUCUUGAGGAGCAUGAUGGGCCGGUGAGGGGCAUCGCGUUCCAUCACUCGCAGCCUCUCCUCGUCUCUGGAGGUGAUGACUACAAGAUCAAGGUCUGGAAUCACAAGACGCGCCGUUGCAACUACACCCUUAACGGCCAUCUCGACUAUGUCCGUACCGUCUACUUCCAUCACGAGCAGCCUUGGAUUCUCUCUGCCUCGGAUGAUCAGACGAUCCGCAUCUGGAACUGGCAGAGCAGAACAUGCAUCGCCAUUCUGUCGGGGCACAACCACUACGUCAUGUCCGCUCAGUUCCAUCCCAAGGAAGAUCUCAUCGUCUCUGCUUCCAUGGACCAGACGGUCCGCGUAUGGGAUAUUUCCGGCCUCAAGAAGAAGUCGACCUCUGCGCAGCCCAUGUCCAUCGAGGAGCAAAUCGCUCGCGCCAACUCGGGCCAGGCAGAUCUCUUUGGCAACACAGACGCAAUGGUGAAGUAUGUCCUGGAGGGCCACGACCGCGGAGUUAACUGGGCCUCCUUCCACCCAACUCUGCCCCUCAUCGUGUCGGCGGGCGAUGACAGGCAGGUCAAGCUUUGGAGGAUGAGCGACACCAGGGCUUGGGAAGUUGACACGUGCAGAGGACACUUCAACAAUGUUUCGUCGGCCCUGUUCCAUCCGAGGCAUGAGUUGAUUGUGUCCGAUGGAGAGGAUAAGACAAUUCGUGUUUGGGACAUGGGCAAGCGCACCGCCGUAGCCACCUUCCGCAGGGAGAAUGACCGAUUCUGGGUUCUCACUGCGCACCCCCAGCUGAACCUCUUCGCCGCCGGCCAUGACAAUGGUCUCAUCGUCUUCAAGCUCGAUCGUGAACGCCCAGCCCACUCGCUGCACAACGAUGUCCUCUUCUACGUGCGUGACAAGCAGGUCCGCCAGCUCGACUAUUCGACAGGAGCGGAUCACGCCCUGCUCAGCGUCAAGAAGCUCGGCAACCAAUACGUCCAGCCUCGCAGCCUCAGCUUCAACCCCGCCGAGCGAUCGGUUAUCGUCACGUCGAUCAAUGCCGAGCAGGGCGUGUACGACCUCGCCCCUCUGCCCCGUGAGGGAGCGGUGCCCUCCGAUCUGGCCGAGUCUGGUAGUGUAGGCAAGCGCGGAACAGCCAGCAACGCCAUCUUUGUUGCUCGCAACCGUCUCGCUACUUUGGACAAGACGGCGCAGACAAUCGAGAUCCGCGACCUCAACAACAAUGUGACAAAGACGAUGCCCUGCCCUACGGUGGUCAACGAUAUCUUCUUCGGUGGCACCGCCUCGCUCCUCCUCUCUACCUCCACGGGCGUCUCUCUCUUUGACAUCCAGCAGCAGAAAGUCCUCACCGAGGUAACUUCCCCCACUGUCAAGUACGUCGUCUGGAGCCCAGACGCGGCGCACGUUGCCCUCCUCUCCAAGCACACGAUCACCUUGACGGACAAGCUGCUCAGCAAGCCAGCAAUGAUUCAUGAGACGAUCCGCAUCAAGUCUGCCUGCUGGGACGAGGCUGGUGUCCUCCUCUACAGCACUCUCAACCACAUCAAGUACGCUCUUCCCAAUGGUGACUCAGGCAUCAUCAAGACGCUCGACCAGCCAGUCUACCUCACGCGUGUGAAAGGGAAGACGGUCUCAUGCUUGGACAGGAGUGCUAAGCCCCGCAAUGUGGCUAUUGACCCGACGGAGUACCGCUUCAAGCUUGCGCUGGUGCAGGGCAAGCAUGAGGAGGUGAUGAGGAUUAUUAAGAACUCCAAUUUGGUCGGGCAGGCGAUUAUUGCGUAUCUGCAGAAGAAGGGCUACCCAGAGAUCGCCCUGCACUUCGUCCAGGACAAGUCUACCCGCUUCGACCUUGCAAUCGAGUGCGGGAACCUCUCUGUCGCCCUCGAGACCGCUGAAGCCAUCGGCGCCCGUGAGGUCUGGGAACGCCUCGCUCCUGCGGCCCUUCGCCAAGGUAACCACAAGAUCGUAGAACGCUGCUAUCAGAAGACGAAGAACUUCGAGCGACUCUCCUUCCUCUAUCUGAUUACGGGCAAUAUGGAGAAGCUCAAGAAGAUGGCCACCAUCGCCGAGAAGCGCGGAGACGCUAUGAGCCGAUUCCACAAUGCAUUGUAUCUCGGGGACGAGGCGGCUAGGGGCAGGAUUUUGAGUGAGGUAGGGCUGGAUGCGCUGGCUUAUGUGGCAGCGAAGAAGGCCGGCGAUGAGGCGGGGGCUAGCAAGAUUGCGGCUCAAGCGGGUGUUGGGGAGAAAGGUCUUCAAGGUGUCCAAGAGGCUGCCAGCUCGUCUAGCAGCAGCAAGCUUCACCCGCCUACAGUCGUCAAUGCAGGGUCAGCGCAGUACAAUUGGCCGACGACUGGCACCACAGAGUCCUACUUCGACAAGGCCUUGGUGGCUGACGUGGAGGAGGGUGGGACCAUCUUCAAGGACAAUGCCGUUGGACAGCAAGGGGAGCACGACGUGGAUGGGUGGCUGGAAGGAGACGACUUUGUCGACGCAGAAGACGCGGAAGACGAGGUCGCCUUGGAUGGGUAUGGCGCUGCUACUAGCGGCACCAUUGCAGCGGCCGCGGCGGAUGAAGGUGCUUGGGAUCUGGAAGAGGACGACGCAGCUCUUGCAGAGACCAUUGGCGGCGAUGCACCAGUAGUCGCACCCCUCUCCGACCUCACGGCGCUGGAGGGAUCUUUGGAUCCUGGAUCUUCAGAGGCCGAGCACUGGUUGCGCAACUCCCCCAUCGCAGCGGACCACGCUGCCGCCGGGUCCUUCGACACGGCCAUGACUCUCCUCGCGCGCCAAGCGGGCAUCGUCGACUUUACUCCGCUCAAGCCCCACUUCCUCGCCUGCUACCAGGGAGCACGAGCCUACCUGCCUGGCGCUGGGGCGGCUAACCUUCCCGCUCUCGAGGUGCACCUGCGCCGCAAUGCCAGCGACGAGGCAGAGGAGUCGGCGAGUGCGCAGCUGGCAAAGAGCCUGCCUGUGCACGCGAGGACAAUCCACAGCAUCACGGCUGGCCCGCUGCAGGAGGCAUACAAGUUGAUCAACACGAACAAGCUGCCCGAAGCUGAACCCCUCUUCCGAUCCAUCCUCCUCUCGCUCGUCCUCACCGUGGGCACAACCGCAGAAGAAGGACAAGAGAUCUUAGACCUCAUCGUACUCUGCCGCGAAUACCUCCUCGGCAUAGCCAUCGAGCUCUCACGACGCUCCCUCGUCGCCUCUGAGCCAGAGAACAUUGCUCGACACUUGGAAUUGGCCGCCCUCUUCACUCACGCUGGCAUGCAACCAGCUCAUCGCCAACUGGCCCUCCGAGCCGCAAUGAACGAAGCGCGCAAGGCUGGCAAUAUGGCCAUGGCUGCCGGCUUUGCACGUCGUCUUCUCGAGCUCGGACCUAGCCCCAAGGUGGAACAAGUGGCACAAAGCGUACUCACUGCUGCGGAGCGUGCGCCGCGCGAUACGGUGCCUGUACCGGGGUAUGAUCCGCAUGACAGACACUUUGUCAUCUGUGCGGGGAGCCAUAGGCUUAUUCCUGGGGGAGGGAUUGGUGGGCUUCCCGGUGGGGGGAGUGUACAGGAGGACCCGCUUACGGGGGCGAAGUAUUUGCCUGAGUUUAAGGGGCAGAGGUGUAGGAUUUCGGGAGUGAGUGAGGUGGGUGGACAGGGGAGUGGACUGAGGUGUUGGAUUUGAUUGGAGUAGAGUAGGGGAACGUAUUGUAUGACGAGCUCGAAAUCGAAGCGAUUUUUCAAUUCAG